CUAUACACACGACGACAACGAUAAUCCAAUUAAUAUAAUAUACGGGCCGAUAAGCCGUUAAACGAUUAUUACCGAUUGGGUACAAGUCGACCAUAUAAUAUCAUAUCUACCAUAUUUGUUCAGUAUUUCGGUCGCUUAUAACCUACAAGUUGCAAUAUUGUGAUCGCAUAUUAUUCUUACACAGUUACACUGAUACCACCGGCUAAGUUUUGGAAGUGCACCUUUGGACACGUGCGCGUCGUGGUCCGACGGCAUUUUUUCCGCUCUUAAAAACGAAACCGAUCGAAAGUGAAGCACACUUAAAUCUAACCGCCACACGUCGAUAUUAUAGAUGCAACGAAGUGAGUACGAAAACGACUGUUUCGCCUACAUAUUAUAAUAUUUAAGAGGACACCGUACGCUUUGUCUCCGCCGCCUUUGUGUUGUUAUAGCUUUAAAACUAAAGUGAAUUAUCAAACUUAAAGUCGAGAACGUGUGAUAAUUUAAAUCUAUAAACACGUCCAAAAUGUCCAAACAACUUUGUCCCGUUGAUUUCGGGCAAUCCGAUGACAAUUCAAUUUGUACCACGAACAAAAGGAAGAAACUGAGUUUAUCGAAGGAGCUGUUAAGAGAAUCCACGCAAUUUAAACGUAUGCUCAUCUCACAGAAUGAAAAUUAUGAAAUCAGUUUUCUCGAUCCUGUCAAUGGCGAACAGCUGAAACUCAUGUGCACCGACACCUUGUGCACCGGGCGCGUAUUGCACGCGGGUGUUCGGACGCUGCAGUCGGCGAUCGACCGAGAACGGUCGCACAGACGGGAAUACGUUGACGGCCUAAUGCGUUACAUGCGUGAGCUGAACAGGCUGGACGAGGCCAAGGAGGUGCUGCUGGAAGGCCUUGAACGGAUGCGGGCCGGCGUGGACGGCACCGUUGACGCUCUCCGGGUGGACGUGGAACGAGCCCACUGCCAGUACGAGGAACGCAAGAAGCGGUUCUUCCGGUUCACCGGCGGCGCGGAAGAAUCCGAAUCGCAAGAGAUGAUCGCCACCGACCGCGGGUUCCGGUCACUGUGCUUGGACGAGGCUGUCGGCGACGUCUCGCUACCCGCAGCCGCCUGCUGGUCCUGUGACAUCGACGCCGAUGACGAUGGUGGCUGGCUGAAUGACGUCGACGCCGACGACGACGCUGACGUCGCCUUAACAAUCUUCCGGCGGCUCCGGCGGGACGCCGAGGCUCGCAGUGGCGGCGACGGCUGCCGGCUGCGGAUUGACGAACUGCUAACGCUCUGGCGCGCCAUCAAGUCCGUGUCCGAGUAUAACCGGACGCUUGAGACGAUUGCGUCCGAACUCGACGAACAGACGGAUUCGCUGCAGACCAGCCUGUGCAGCGCGACGGCCGCGUGCACUGCGCUGGACGCGGAUCAGUCGGACAAGAAGUGCAGGGCGGUCGUGCUGGACGACUUUUGUGCGGUCACCGAACAGAUCACGGCGCAGCAGAUCAGGAACUUGGAGUUCGGCCGCAUGCUGGCCGUCGACGAAAAGCAGAUCGGCGAGGAACUUGAAAAGAUCGGACAGCUGAAGGCCAAGGUUGCCAGGAAAAAGGAGAAAAAGCAAAAGCUUCUUGAGCAAACAGACAGUGUAAAAAGUCAACUGGAAGUGUACAAAAGUCGUUAUGAAGAACUUAAGAGGAAAAGAGCUCUUCUUGACGACAAUCUAAACAUGACAAAACGUUCGCCUAGCAAAUUAGCGAAUCAAUCUGAGCAACAAGGUUUUGGACAGAGAGUGAAACAUUUGGAACAACUCAAAAACCAAUACAACAAACUGGCUAAUAAAAGAGAUGCAUUAAAACUGAAAAUUCAAAGUCAACAACAGGUGGUCAAGACACCUCGUCGGAUAAAUACGUUUUGCAAUACUUAACCAUACUAUUUGCACAGUUUGUUUGAUAAAUGUACCGAUUUUACAAAUAUUCUUGUAUGUUUAGGCGUCUCAAAAGCUUUCUUUUCUAUUAAAACCAAGCUCAGUUUAA